AUGUCAAAAAGAACCCGAUCUCCUGGGAAUGAGAAGGACAUACCCCGUGCGCGCCGUCCGUUCCGGCAACCCUCACCUGGCACCACCGAGCACACCGAGCACACCAGACAUCAACGGAUCGGUACCGAUGAGCAGGUCCUGCGUGAGGAUCACUCCCAGUGGUUCAUCGGUGACGGUAUGCUCCGCGCGAGGGCAUCCAACUCUUGGAUGGAUGUCCAAGAGCGUUCUAUACCCGAGCAUCCCCCUCAGCCCAUCAUGCACCCAGACGUUCUCCGGGAGGCAAGGCAGGGUGAUCGAAACGAGACUGUCGAACCGCACCCGCCGUGUCAGAACACAAAAGUACAUCUGCAUUCUACGCCGGCGCAUGCCGGCUGUAGUCGCUGCGGCAAUCUCCCCCAUUCACCCAGACAGCCAUCAGCUUCCAUCGUCUUGCCCGGCAUCGAAACAAUAACCAGCACACUCCCCCCUAACCCCGGUCAUGAACAAGUCAUCCGUGUCAUGAUCGAGGUGCCUGUCAGCAGGUGGAGGAGCUGGGUGGAGAACUGGACGCAGCACUGCGCUCAGCACCCUUCGCAGCCCUCAGGCUUCGUCCAUGUGAAUGAUCACAACCCAGCCUGGCGACCGGUCGAUGGUAACCAUAGAUGGAAUGAGGAUCGACGUCUUCCCCCUCCAUUCUCGUCGUGUCGGAUCCCUUUCCCUGGGCAGAUCGCCAGCCACCAACCGCUCGCAGACAGGCAGGAGACGUAG